CUCUGGUGUGGAUCUAACUGCCUAUCGCAACUCAGGCUAUGGGGGCAGCCAUGCUCCUCUGGGCCUUGGCUGUGCUAUCAGCCACAUCUUCAGUCAUUUCGGAAUCUCACUACAUGGUGAUUGUUCCAGCUGUCAUUCAUCAUCCCAGUGUGGAAAGGUUCUGUGUACUUCUUCGUUCCCUCCCAGAGACUGUCCAUUUGGAAGUAAAGCUUGAGAUGAAGACUCAGAACCAUACCCUGCUGGAGAAGGAUGUGGAGAAGCCGGGGACUUUUGAAUGCAUUAGCUUUCAGGUCCCAGCCUUUGUUCUCACAAGAAAGCAUCCCUACACAAAUGCAGGAGAAGAUGUGGCUUAUGUACACGUCCUAAUCCAAAAGGGCGAAAGUGUGAGCUUUGAGGGUCGGAAGAAGCUGCUGGUCACUGAUGCUUUUACCAGGCAUAUCAUAGAGACAGACAAGCCUUUUUACAAAACUGGAGAAACAGUAAGGCUACGUAUUGUGAGGCUUGAUGAAGAAUUUAAGGCCAUUGAGCAAACAAUCCCUGUGGUACAACUCAGAGAUCCCAGAGGGAACCGGAUUGGCCAGUGGGUGGAUGUGAAGCCCAGCCAAGGCAUUGUAGAUCUGUCCUUCCCUCUGGCCUCUGAAGCAGCCAUGGGAAAGUAUUUCAUCAAAGUGGGAGAUGAAGUGUUUGAAAUGGCCGACUGGACUGAACGGAUUGAUCAGACUGUGAAAACUUUCUCAGUGGAGGAAUAUGACCUGCCAACAUUUGAAGUGUUCUUUGAGCUCCCAUCACUACUCACCACUUCAGAUGAAGAAUUUCAGUUCAAUGUGUGUGGCAAAUAUACCUAUGGGAAGCCUGUUCAAGGAAAUGUAUACCUCACACUGAACAGGCAGUUAUCGUAUGAUUAUGUUGAGACUGGAAAUGAAACAUUGACUAGCAUUGAAAAGACGUACAGCAGCCAGAUCAGCAAGAAUGGUUGUGUCACAUUUAUUUUUAAUGGGACUGAUGUUUAUCUGGAUAGAAAAGAAUAUUACAAUUAUAUUCAGCUUUCAGCAGAAGUAGAGGAGAAAGGAACAGGAGUCAGGAUUGAGGAAUCAGAUCAGAUCAUGAUAAUUUCCUCAGAUGUGGAAUUGACAUUUCCUGAACUCAAUAAAUUCUAUAAGCAUGGACUCCCAUACACUGGAAAGAUAAAAGCUUCAUUCAACCAAUUACCUAUGAAGAACUGGACUGUCUAUCUCACAGUUGAUGUUGAUGACAAGGAGACACACUUUUCGUAUGUCACUGAUGAGAAUGGAGAAGUUGAGUUUACUUUAGACACAACAAACUGGAACAAAACCAUGGUUUCUUUACAGGCUAGACAUUCCAUUGUGGAUGAGACCCAGAACAAUACUGAAGCUUGGAACACUAAUAAAGCUUUCAAGUGGCUGAAGCCCUUCUACUCAGAGAGCAAUAGCUUCCUUGAGAUCCAUCAUGUGGAAGAUGAGCUGCCCUGUGAAAAGGACCAGGAAGUACUGGUGGAUUACAUCCUUGACCGGAAAGAACUGGACCCUGCAGCUGACCAUGUGGAUUUCUAUUACUUGGUUGUAUCACGAGGGAGGAUUGUCUCCAGUGGACAGAAGCAGGUGCCGGUUGGCCAGGAUGAGACCCUGAAAGGCACCUUCUCUCUCACUCUGUCCGUGAGUGCUGACCUGGCACCCAUUGCCAGGCUUCUGCUGUAUGCUGUGUUUGCUGAUGGAGAGGUGGCAGCUGACAUGGAGGUGUUCACAGUAGACAAGUGCUUCAAGCAUAAGGUGACACUGGACUUCUCUAAGGAAGAGGAGCUUCCCGGAUCAAAGGUCAAUCUGCAAGUAGAAGCUGCCCGUGGCGCACUGUGCUCUCUCCAUGCUGUGGACAAGAGUGUCACCCUGAAAUCUCGUGCACAUCUGACACCAGAAAGAGUGUAUAGGGGUCAUAUUUUUGCAAAAGAUACAAUUGAUGGAAGAGGAUUUGCCUAUCAUUUGGAGGACUUUGAGCCGUAUCCGUGUCUGCUCCCCCUCAGUCAAAGGCAAAAACGGUCCUUGAAAGUAGCCCCUUGGUAUCAGAGUGAGUCUGAUGUUUAUGGUCUGUUUAAGCAUCUGAGAAUGAAAAUUUUAACCAACACCAGUGUUAAAAAGCCUGUUUCCUGUGAUCUCCCAUAUUAUGAGAGAAAGCUUUUCUCUGCUAUCCAGAACAAGGACCUUUUAGAUGCUCCACUUCCAAAUGAAUUGCCAAAUGAAGUGCCUCAGGCUCUUGAUUCCACAGAAAACCAGGAGUCACUGAAAACUAAACCCAGAACAUUCUUUCCGGAGACCUGGAUCUGGGAUUUGCUCCCUAUGAAUGAAGAGGGAAAAGCAAAUCAUUCAGUCACUGUUCCGGACACCAUCACGGAGUGGAAAACUGCUGCAUUCUGUGUAGCGGAUGUUGGCUUUGGACUCUCCCAACAAGCCACACUUAGGGUUUUCAAGCCAUUCUUUGUGCAUCUUCUGCUGCCAUAUUCUGUGAUUCGUGGAGAGACUUUCCAGCUAAAGGCCACUGUCUUCAAUCACCUGAAGGACUGUAUCCAGGUGAGAGUAAACAUGGAAGAGUCUCAACAACUGGAGGCAAAGCCGUGCCCAACCUGUCACUUCACCACUUGCCUCUGUGAAGACGAGGCCAAGACCUUCUUCUGGAACGUGACAGCUACCGAACUGGGACAUGUCAACCUCUCAGUAACCACAGAGGCUGAGGAGACCCAUGAGCUGUGUGGCAACAAGAUCUCUGUGACGCCUCCUCGAGGUCGGUCAGACACGGUGGUAAAAUCCCUGCUCGUCAAGUCAGAAGGUCUCCUUGAAGAAGAGACCCAGAAUGCACUGCUCUGUUCUACAGGGGGGCCAGCUGUGGAAGAGGUUUCCCUAAAGCUGCCUGAAGCUAUUGUGAAAGACUCUGGGCGAGCCACCAUCUCUGUCGUUGGGGACAUUAUGGGCAAUGCUCUACACAAUUUAGAAAUGCUUCUUCAGUUGCCCUUUGGCUGUGGUGAACAAAACAUGAUAAAGUUUGUUCCCAACAUCUUUAUCCUUCGAUAUUUGGAAAAGACCAACCAGGCGACCCCAGAUAUCAAAGAGAAAGCGACAGAAUACAUGAAAAGUGGGUAUCAGCGCCAACUGCUCUACAAACAUGAGAAUGGCUCCUACAGUGCCUUUGGGAAACGCGAUCCUGAGGGGAAUACCUGGCUGACAGCUUUUGUGGUGAAGGGUUUUGGCCAUGCAAAGUCCUAUAUCUAUGUUGAUGAAAAGCAAAUUCAGGAUGCUGUAAACUGGUUGGGGCAGCACCAGCUUCCCAGUGGCUGCUUCCAAAAUGUGGGAAGGGUCUUCAACAAUGCCCUGAAGGGUGGUGUAGACAAUGAGAUAACACUGACAGCCUAUGUUACUGCCUCACUACUGGAGCUCUACCUGAAUCAUACCAUGAUAGACGAUGCCUUGCUCUGCCUUAAGAGGAACUUAAGUUCUGUGGAGAAUGCCUACCCCGCGGCCUUGUUGGCUUAUGUCUUCACUUUGGCUGGGGACAUGGAGACACGGAAACAGCUUUUGAGACAGUUAGAUGGAUGGGCUGACAAAACAGAAGGAGCCCUAGGGUUUUCAGACACUGAGACGAAUGCCUACUUUCUCUUGGCUGUGCUCUCCACACCAGAAGUGUCCCCAGAUGACAGCAAAUAUGCCUCUCGGAUUGUGCGUGCCCUCACCAAUGAACAGAACCCGUAUGGUGGCUUUUCUUCCACACAGGAAACAGUGGUUGCUCUGCAGGGUCUAUCCAGGUAUGCAGCCUUGACCUUUCAAGAGAUAGAAAACAUAAAGGUGCUGGUGAAAUCCAGCCAAGGUUUCCAGCAUGAAUUCCAUGUGGACAGGCAGAAUCGGCUGCAGCAGCAGCAAGCUUCUCUCCCAGACGUCCCUGGACACUACAAGGUGGAGGUAUCAGGGAGAGGCUGCACGUAUGUUCAGACUACUCUCCGAUAUAACCACUCACCUCCGAAGACCAACAUUUUUGCUUUGAAGGUAGAGACCUCCCCAAAAGAAUGCAAUGAAACUUCCCAGAAACAUUUUGACAUCAAUCUACAAGUGAGCUACACUGGGCACCGACAAACAAGCAACAUGGCUCUGAUAGAGGUGAAUUUGAUGUCAGGAUUCAUCCCGGUGAAGAAGUCGGUGAAAUGGCUAGAAAGUAAACCCCAUGUAAAGAAGGUGGAAUUGGACCCUGGCAGGAUCAGCAUCUACCUGGAUUGGCUGGAUAGCAACGUUCAAAGCUAUAAUUUCUCCUUGGAGCAAGAAGUUGAAGUGAUUGAUCUGAAGCCAGCAAUAGUAAAACUCUAUGAUUACUACAAUCCAGAUGACAGUGAAACUGAGGAAUAUUAUGCUCCCUGUAGUCCAGAUAACACAAAGCAAGAUCAGCACUAAUUCCAUCUCUGAAGCAAGAAGCACCUAAGUAUGAAUGAUGAAUUGCUGAAGAAAAGUACCUCUCCUAUGUCAUUCUUUUGGAAUUCUUCUCUUAGAAUUGUUCUCUUACAGAUGAUUGAUUGAUUGAUUAAGUGCUGUCAAGUUGGUGUCGACUCUUAGCGACCACAUAGAUAGAUUCUCUCCAGGAUGAGAUAAUUUAAAGCCUACUUUUUACUUAGACUAUGCUUACACCCAUGCACUGAUUUUUUUUGGGCGGGGGUCAUGAUCCGCAUCCCCACGUGUGCAUGGUGCUCCAGAGGAUCCCUGGCUCUCUGAGGUGACUUUGAGGGAGUGAGAGGAGGGGCUGCAACCAAGGGAAGAAACUGAUGGCCCCUUUUCAUACACAUGUGGAAACACUUUCCAUGCAUGCAUGAGGAGACUAUAAGAUCCUAAUGAAGAACUGUCAUUGUCUGAGGUACAUUUUGUCAGGGUCCCAGCAUGGUCUUUGGUCAGAUGGUUUUUAUAGUGCUUUGAGUUGUCUCCUGAAACAGACAAAACAAGCCCCUAGAAGAAUAACCAGCACUGCUACAAUGAAGACAUGACUGUUACCUGUAUGAAAACUGAUGAUGCUCUUCUACUCCCUUGUACAACUUUGCUUUGUGGUGUGUUUUUUUGGUUUUUACUUUAAAAAAUAAAAAUAAACAUGUGAAGGGA